CCACAGUGUAUAUAAUGACAAUGAAAACUCCAGUUGCUAACUUUGCUGUUUAGAAACACCAAAAAGAAGAUGCUUUGUUGGAUUUCAGCAUGUUUGUUAGCUUCCCUACUGCUUCCAAAUGGUGAGUGCAGUCACAUCAUUGGAGGACGGGAAGCUGCUCCUCACUCUAGACCAUAUAUGGCUCUACUGGAUACAAAUGGAGAGCAAUGUGCUGGGACAUUAAUAAAAGCUGACUGGGUGUUAACUGCAGCUCACUGUGAAGUCAAUUCUUCAACUACAAUCAAACUGGGUGUCCACUCAAUAAAAGCAAAAAAUAAAUAUAUACAGGAGUUCAAGCUCUUAAGAAGCAUAAGACACAACUAUAAUGAGACAACAAUGGAUAAUGACAUUGAGCUUGUACAGCUGUCUUCCAAAGUAAAACUAAACAAAGCUGUGAAGAUUCUGCGAUUACCAAAAAAAUUUAAUGAUGUCAAAGAUGGGACUGUGUGUGACACAGCAGGAUGGGGUUCAACCGAAAAAAAUACUCUGCAACUGUCAGACAAGCUGAUGGAAGUCAGCCUUACAGCAAUAAGCAGAAAGAAAUGUGCUGCAAUGUGGCAACCUUACCAAAUCACGCCAAACAUGAUGUGCACUCUUGAUGCGAGUGGAAAGGAAGAUGCAUGCCUUGGUGAUUCUGGAGGACCUUUAAUAUGCAAGAAAAUGUUUCGGGGAAUUGUUUCUUUUGGUCCAAAACCAUGUGCGAACCCUGAACUACCAGGUGUCUACACAUUCCUCACCAAAGACUAUAUCAAAUGGAUUAAAAAGGAAAUAAAUAAGAAAACAAAUACUAUUAACUAGCCCUUGUGCUUUUAUAUCUAAAAAUACUGCUAGUUCCUCUUCCCUGAACUCCGUCCCCAUAGCAUUUUUCCUCUCUGCUUACUAUAAUAUAAUACCCCUUUUCCAAUAUUUUCUAUUUUCAAAAUUCUCUAAAUCUCCUUAAUUUGAAAUAGGGAUUUCUAGCAUUCAGAGUUCCUAAUUAUUACAUAUUAGCAAACAGCAGAUGCAUAAUUCUUUCUAUCAUCCUAAUCCUACCACAUACCCAAGAUGACUCUUUAUACUAUGAACACAAAUUAUAGUUAUUUUUGUUGUUUCAUCUGUUGGUUAUUUUGUAUGACUCUGUACUUGGUUUGUUUGUAAUUUGUGGAAUGUUGACAUUUUAUUGACUUUACGUUGUAUCUCUGCCCCUGGGGAGCUUUUUCAUUUACAAUUACUGCUAGUGAUAUUAGAUGUACUCAGGUGUAACUAAAACAGGUGGAGAGAAAUGUGUCCAUUUAAUCAAAGCAACCAAUUCUCAUGCUGGCUUAACAAUAAAGUUUUACCUCAUAA